CGGCAAACUAAUCCAAAAUGGCUGAAAAUGAAGAAAAAGAUGUUGUCCAAAGUGAACGACUAAAGCAUCAGCUUUUAAUUGGCUUGAAGACGACAGUAGAGGGUCUGCUAUCUACCAACACUAGUAAUGUGUGGGGAAUGUAUGGGGGCCUGCAGCGCCUGUGCAAACAUGUGGACAGCAUUCUCAACCAUAGGCUCAAAAUUGUUGUGGGUGACUAUGGAAGUGUUGUUGACUACUGGCCAUUUGUGAAGGGGCUAAAAUGGCUCAACCCUGUCACAACCCCAUUUAUAGAGAAUAUCCGAAGGGGGCACUACCAGAAGGGGGUCGGGAAGGGCCAGGUCUGGGUGAGGGAGAGUUUACGUGAGCACAAACUUUCCAUGCAGCUGAAGGUCCUCGUAGCUAGUGAACAACAUAUGUACAGGCACUACUUUGAGGAUGCUUUCCUGUUCAGCCCUCGGUACUUCAAAGCCAUGUGUAUCUGCCUGCAAGCGGUUGAGGAAAACAGGGUCUCAUUGUUGGCAGACAUUGAGCCCAAACUUCUGACAUUCAGUGCAGCGAGGGCUGUCCCGACACCAGUGCGUAGUGCCUCCCUCCCUCUUUCUUCCCUCCACGCCCCGGGAAGGGGCAGACGGGGCUCAGGUAGAUCCAGCAGUGACCUGUCAGCACUUGCCCCAAAUUUUGUGUCGCCCAGUAAGGACAGUGGGCUCUGCUCGUCUGGUGAACAUGCUGUGCCUUAUAAUAUUGGUUCAAGUACUAGUCCAAACGACGGAGGAAUAUCUGCCAAAGAGGCUUUAAGGACAAUCAUCCGAAAAUCGGGCUCUGAAUCAGACCCAGUGGACUUAAGCACAUCCGAUUCCAAGGAGAAUGGCUUUAGUUUUUAUAACACCAUGAACAGUGAUCCUCUGAUGAACCUUGGUUUACUAGGCUCCAAAACCAGUGACCUUGAAAGUUCAAAUGAUGUGCCAAAAGUGAUUAAGAAAGGUGGUUUGACUAGGAGUACGUCUGAAAGUGGUGUUGCUAAAAAGAUUAAAGACAGCAAAGCUGCAGAAAUGAUGGAUAGAAUUAUUCAUGAAAAUGAUGACGAUGUGUUUGCAAUAUCAAAAUCUACAGAAACAUUGACUUCUGAUUCCAUUAAGAAGCAAAAGAUGUUUGAAAAUGCGAGGGACAUAUUUUCCGACUCUGAAACUGUGGAAGCUAAAGCUAGUCCCAGUAAGGUCAAAGUUGAUGAGAGAAAGGUCAAACAUACACACAAAAGGUCAAGGUCAGACAUAAUUGGAAUAAAAACAUCUGUGAUACAAAGUGAUUUACAUAAUGUGGAAGAAGUUAAAGGCAAUCAUAGUAACAAUGGAAAUACAGACCAACCAGAUGGCCGUGUAGCAGGAGGGGGUGGGGGUGGGGGGUAUUUUUCCCCUCCCGUCCCAGGACAGUCACUGCUUCACUACCUCUCCCAGCAGGACUUUCAUACUUGUGCCAACCUGGAAAAGGAGAAUGCACACUUCAGCAUAUCGGAGGCGUUGAUAGCAGCAAUCGAACAGAUGAAGUGGAACCAUCUGAUUGGUACGGGGGAGGGGAGUGUGCAGCUGGAAGAGCCGGAUGAUAGUGAUGAGGAAAUCAAACAGCUACAGCAGAGAAUACGCAUACGAAAACGACAAAAACUCAAAGAGAAAGCAAGAGGUUUCCCGAUACUAAGUGAUGGACGUACAGAUACUGGCACGAGUCCCAGUCAGUCAGCAUCCCCGUUCUCCUCCCCACACGACAGCGAAUACUCAGAUAGUGAAGCUUCCAGCGGCGAGGAGGAAAGACGGGUUGAAUUGACCAUGGAUGAGAGUCAAGGCAACCUGACCAGUCUAAAGAACAGCGGCCUCUCUCUCUCACUCGCUUCUCUCUUUUCUGAUGCCGACCUCCAGAAGACAAGACAGUCUUCAUACACCUUGGACCCUUCCACCAUCCCAGAAAAUGGAAACAUAAUGUCCGCAGAGUCUGUUGCCAUAUCCUUGCUGAAGAAAUUCUCUGAACACCAGUUACCCAAGGCCUCGGACCUACAGUGGCUUGUAUCAGAGAGCGAUGCCCCACAAAGGUUAUUGCCGUUGCCCAACUCCUACCCGGUGUCACCUGAUGAUGCUGACAAUCCCAAGCAGUCAAUGACUCGGCUGCGAGGCAACAUGGAGUGGGCUCCACCUCGCCCACAGAUCAUCUUCAACAUUCACCCACCACCCAGGAGAAAUUCAGUGCUGGUGAAACAGAACUACAGAUGUACAGGUUGUGGAAUGAAAGUGGAACCUGGUUAUGCAAAAAGAUACAGAUACUGUGAAUAUUUAGGGAAAUAUUUCUGCCAGUGUUGUCAUAGUAACCAAUUAUCUGUGAUUCCUGCAAAAGUGCUGCACAAAUGGGACUUCACCAAAUAUUAUGUGUCAAACUUUGCCUAUGACUUUCUUGCAAAGAUGGGUGAAGAGCCAUUAUUUAACUUAUCAGACAUAAACCCCAUGUUGUAUAAGAAGACAAAGUUUCUGGUGCAGAUAAAGGGCUGGCGGACACAGCUAGCGUCACUACAGUCACUUCUUGGACUAUGCAAACUGGCCAAAAGUCUUUCAGGGAAGAUUAUCAAGCUCCCCAGCCAUUGGCUAGAGGAUGUUCAUGUGUACUCUCUCAACGACCUCAUAUCAGUGAAGGCAGGUGUUUCAGGCCACGUCUACAGCAACAUGAAAAACCUGGCCAGUGAGUGUAUCAACCAUGUGCAACAUUGCCAGUUCUGCCAUGGGUUUGGUUUCAUCUGUGAGGUGUGCCGUAACCAGGAUGACAUUCUGUUCCCCUACCAACUGGAGACCGUCUGCAUAUGUCAGGGCUGCAAGUCCUGCUUCCACAAGUCCUGCUAUGUGCCACAAAAAUGUCCGAAGUGUGCCAGAAUAGAGGCAAGGCGCCAGCGCCUUCAAGAGGAAAGUUCAGAGGACUUGGAUGAGCCUGCAGAGAGAACAGAAAACACAUGAAGACACCUGCAGAAAAAACAACUGAUGACACCUGAAGACACCUGCAGAAAAAAACAAGAGAUGACACCUUAAGACACCUGCAGAGAAACAUCAGAUGACACCUUAAGAUACCUGCAGAAAAAAAACAACAGAUGACACCUUAAGACACCUGCAGAAAAAAACAACAGAUGACACCUAAAGACACCUGCAGAGAAAACAGACAAUACCUGAAGACACCUGCACGGAAAACCGACAAUGCCUGAAGACAAAUGCAGAAAAAAUCGUCAACACCUGCAGAGAUAACAGUUGAUACCUGCAGAGAUAACAGUCGACACCUGCAGACACCAGCACAGAAAACAAAUGUCACCCAGAGUGUACUUGACAUCUCUGAGAGGGCAAACUGGUCAAAAAUACCACUAAUAAUAUAAUGUUAUUAUUUAGGUGAUUUCAUAUUGGUCAUAUUUGUCUGAGGUCAGUAGUAUUGGCCUGAGCCCAAAGGGUUAGCAAUAGUGCUGCUUGAAGGCAACUAACUCAGCCAAUAUGAAAUCAACUGAUUAAUGAGUAUUUUAUUAAUUAACUUUAAUGAAUGCUGAGACAUUUUGAUUAAAAACAUAUCUACUAUACCUUAUUAUUGAAGCUUAUUUCCCAAUUUCAUUGAUGGUUUCUGCUUUUCUAGGCUAAAACUUUGCUGAUUUUGACAUGCAUCCAUCGCAUAGACUUAUGAAUAAAGCCAAAUGCACUGUAUAUUCUAAGAAAGCAAGAAUUGUACUAUGUUCUGUUUAUUUCAUAAAACGUCGGCCAAAAGUUCGAAAUUGUUUUCACCUUUGCCCUCCAUUUUGUUGGUUUCCAAAAAUCCACUUACAGGUUGAACACAACUGUAAUAAUAAAGCAUACAAUGCGUAAAAAGUAUUUAAUAGGCUAGUAAUUCUGAAUUAAUUUUGAACAAGAAACACAAUUCCUAAAGAAAAUAGUCUAUUCCUCUUACCUCAUAUUUGGUAGUUGGUAUUUAGUAAGAACGGCAGAAACUUGUAUUAGGAGGCUUUGGUCCAUAUUAGGUGAGUUUUGGCAUACAUUGCUGUCAGUUGUAAUGUAUUAGUAGUAUAAUUGCUCCAGAAUUGCCUCAAGUACGUAAUGCACCAGUCUAUUGUAACCAAGGCCCCCCCCCCAGGUCCGAGGGUAUACCGGGGAUAGCCGGAGUAAAAGGGCCGUGUUUUUACCUUUCAGGUGUCCCCGCAGUGCCGGGUAAAUGCGGUGGUUUGUCUUUGCUUUGAAUUUAGCGGGGAAUAGGCCUUACCUAGGGUCCCUGGGGUGUGGGGGCAUUUGGCGGGGAUUUUACCAUCUGUUCUUCCACGAAGGGCGGGAUUUUAGCCGGGGUUGGCUGGACCGAAAGUCAAAGUACCCGCUAUUCCCCGGACCUGGGGGGGGGGGCGUGGUUACAAUUGACUGGUGCAUAAUAGUUAAUUAAUAAUCCUUAGAUACUUUAUUAAAUGUAGUUAAAAAUGCCACAUACUGGUUGGAUCAUUUUAUUAUCAGCAUGUAGCAUGCUCUGUUUAAGGCCAGUGUUUGAUUAUGGCUUUACUCUGUAAAGGUACGCAUGGCGAUGAGAGGAAGUGUAUCAAAGUAGAUGUACAAAUGACCAAAUGAAUAGGAAAUGUAAAUUGAAUCCGCAUUAUUAUGAAAACUGAAGGUAAAAGACAGUAUUAUAUAUUUGUUGAUCAAUUUCCAUUCAUUUUGAAGGGUUAUGACGAGUUGUUUUAAGUGAUCUCUGUGUUCUUAAAAUAUUCAACAUGGGAUUAUCCAAUCCCAUAUUUCCAGAGUUAGUGCUUAAAAGUGUUAUAAUUGAUUUGUAUUCAGAGAUAUAUGUAUCUGUUGAUUGGAAUGCCUGUGAUAAUGUGCUAUAUUAUUAUGCCUGUUUUCAAUACACUAGCUAUCAAGUGCUUCAAAGUACUGAAAACCAAAUAUUUUUAUUUUUAUAAAUUUAUAUCAUUUAGUCUGUAAAAUGUUGAUACUUCGUUAGUGACCUUUAUAGAGUGCUUAAAACCAUGGUGCCAUUAAUUAUGCGAGUCUUUCAUUAGUCAGCAACAGACAGAUAAUUAUUUGAUAAUCAUGUAAAAUAUUGUUAUGUUUAAAAUUUGCAAUAAAAUAAUGACCACAA